AUGAGACGUUCCCCGGUAGUUUCGCUACCGUCGCUGAAGGUGCUAGAAUAUCUACUGCGUCAAGGUCGAAUUCCAGCAUCAAGAAUGGCCGUGGUCGCCGUCAACGCACCUGCCGAGCAAGCAGAAGUGCUCGCACCGCCGCCCAAUAUCGUCACCACUCCCUGCGAUCCCUGGCCGCGGCCGUACAUCAUCGACGGAGGACUGCGUAGAGUAGCGCCAUAUCACUUCACAUACAACACUAAUUGCAAGCAAAGAUGGCGAGGUCGUGGUAUAUUGGACAUAUUCCAGGAUGAGUUUCGAGACAGGCCGUUGGAAUACUACAAAGCUGCCAUAGAGAGCGGCGCAAUUCAUGUAAACGGAAAGCCGGUAUCAUCUCCCAAUGCGCCGUUGAAUAAUGGCGACAUCAUCAGCCACACGCUUCAUCGACAUGAGCCCCCCGUCUCUUCGCAACCCAUUGGAGUGGUCCACGAAGACGACGACGUCAUUAUUAUCAACAAGCCUGCAGGCGUGCCCGUUCACCCCGCCGGUCGCUACAAUUACAACUCUGUUAUCGAAAUCCUGAGGGCAGAAAGAGGCCAUCAAUUUAAUCCUCUACCCUGCAACAGACUCGAUCGAUUGACCAGUGGUGUCAUGUUUAUCGCGAAGAAUAAGAAAGCAGCUGAAGCGAUUACCGAUCAACUCAUGGGUAGAACGAUCCGCAAAGAGUACGUCGCCCGAGUAAAUGGCGAAUUUCCCUUGGGAGAAAUUGUCUGCGAACAGCCGAUUUUGCAGAUCUCCCCUAAACUUGGAUUGAAUCGUGUUCGAGCCAAUGGAAAGGAGGCAAGGACUGUUUUCAUCAGAAUGGCAUACUACCCGCCCGCAGAGCCUGGCAGCAUGACUGCUGAUGGCACGAAACGUGAGGGCUAUAGCAUUGUACGGUGUCUGCCCCUAACGGGUCGUACACACCAGCUCCGAGUACACCUGCAAUUUCUCGGCCACCCAAUAACGAACGAUCCAAUCUACAGUAAUCGCAGAGUUUUUGGACCAAAUCUCGGCAAAGCUUCAUGUACUGACGAGGACGACGAGGACAUCAUGACGCGACUUGCACGUAUGGGCAAGGAAGAUGUCGCCGAAGCCGUCGCAUACCAUGAUGAGAUGGUAGACGAGUACAAUCGGAAGAAAGCCGAGAAGAUGACCGGGCAAUUAUGCGAAGUCUGCGGCACACCGCUGUAUAGCGAUCCAGGCCCGCACGAGCUGGGGAUUUAUUUGCAUGCGAGAAAGUAUGCUUGUGCUCACGGGAAAUGGAGCUAUGAGACGCAGCUGCCACAAUGGGCUCUCCCGCCUCCUGGUGUUGCAGGACCUCAGGAAUUGACAAAAGACACUGAUCCGAUGGCGGUCGAUCUUAUCAAGCUUGGUGUCGCGGAGGAGGCAGACUCUCCAAGUACUGCCACCUCAUCCCGUCCAGCAAUACUAUGA